GGUGCAGAAAUUGCACCCGGGGAAGCUUUCAAAACUGCCGCGGCCCCGGCGCGUUGAGCAGAGCCGAGGAGCUGCCAGAGGGGAGCGUGGUCCUGAAAGUGGCCGAGAAGGAGCAGCCCAGCCUGGCGGGCUGUGAUCUUGGACCUCUCGGGCCGGGCGGGGCAGGCUGGGCCAGGCGCAGGGGGGAAGCCCCGAGUCCGGCGGGGAGGUUGGAGCUGGCCAGAGCCCUGGUGCUGAACCCGCGGGCCGGGCGGAGCGGCAUGGCGCUCGGUCGCUGACAGCGGCACCGUCGGGGACUCGCUCUGCGCUGCCGGCAGACAUCAGAGAUGACCAAGACAUAUGCCAAACCCAAAGAGAUGUCAGAGCUUGUCAGCUCCCAGUCAUGGAUGGAUGAAGCCCUGAGCUCCCAAGAUGAAAUGAAGGAAGAAGACAGCAGACAAGCCCCCUAUGGAAUGAUGGCUGGCUUGAACGAAGAACAUGACAGCAUCGAGGAGGAGGAAGAGGAGGAGGAUGGAGAAAAGCCUAAGAGAAGAGGACCAAAGAAGAAGAAAAUGACCAAGGCACGGCUGGAGCGGUUCAGGGCCCGGCGGGUCAAGGCUAAUGCCAGGGAGCGCACUCGGAUGCAUGGUCUGAAUGAUGCUCUGGAUAAUCUGAGGCGGGUGAUGCCUUGUUACUCCAAGACUCAGAAGCUGUCCAAGAUUGAGACUCUGAGGCUUGCAAGGAAUUACAUAUGGGCUCUGUCUGAGGUGCUGGAGACUGGGCAGACCCCAGAAGGGAAGGGUUUUGUGGAGAUGCUUUGCAAAGGUUUGUCACAGCCAACCAGUAACCUAGUUGCUGGCUGUCUACAGCUGGGGCCUCAGUCCCUCUUCCUUGAGAAGCAUGAAGAGAAGUCCCCAGUGUGUGACUCUGCCAUACCCAGCCAUACCUUCAACUACCAAUCCCCAGGACUGCCGAGCCCCCCCUAUGGGAACAUGGAAACCCACCUCUUACAUCUAAAGCCUCCUACCUUCAAAAGUUUGGUGGAUCCUUCCUUUGGGAGCCACCACCCAGACUGCACCACUCCACCAUAUGAAGGGCCCCUGACGCCUCCCUUGAGCAUCAGUGGGAACUUCUCCUUGAAGCAGGAUGGGUCUCCAGACCUGGACAAGUCCUACACCUUCAUGGCCCACUACCCUUCGGUGAGCCUGGCCGGAGCUCAUGGACACACGUCUCAUUUCCAAAGCACAGUGCCCCGCUACGAGCUCCCCAUAGACAUGAGCUACGAGUCCUACCCGCACCAUGUGGUUGGGCCCCAGCUCAACGCCAUAUUUAAUGAAUAAUGAGAAAGUUGAGAGGUAGACAUGAACAUAUGAGAAUCAAGAGAAAUACAGCCAGGCGGUGUAGAUGUUUCUGGAGUGAACACGACUGGGACGAGGAUAUCACUGCUCCAAAGCUGUAUGAAAGAUCUUUGGACUGGUCUCAUUGAGACACCUCUAUGAAAAUCUCUGCUAGCCCUUUUCACACUGUCUUGACAAUUGUUUAGUUGUGCUAUUUUGCUGGUUUUCACGUUUGUCCCCAGAAACUCCGUGACUGUCUCCUUCUUCGUUUAUUGACAGUCAAGCACACACUGGGAUGAUCACUUUGGCUCAAUGUUUCAUAACUGCCUCCGAAAGGAGCUUGAAUCAAGAAUCAAGAAAGAGAGAUAAACAGACAGCUAGACUAGAACCAGAAAAAGAUACUGCAGAAAUCUCCAUCCCUGCCAGGGGCGAAGAAGGAUCAGUGCAGUAGCCACUGGACAAAUCUUCUCUUUGUCUGUUGCCAGUCAAAUAGGGCUCCCUUUAGCUCCUUCUUUGGGGUGUCUUGGCAUCAAAACCCUGCCUUUGCACCCAGACUUCAUCCUGAGGAAUCCCACCAACACAAUUUAGAUGCAAGACACUCCCAGAGUGUGGAUACUCAGCCACAUGAUAAAUAACCACUGUUCUGAGGGCAGCAUGCAGGGUUUUUUAGUUCUGAAUGAUGAGCACAACAUGGACUAUGCUCCUGGGAAAGGCAGUUCAGCUUUUCCCUAGUGGUCUCUCAAGUCCAGCUGUGGCUAUAUUGGCUGGGGAAGGUGGCGAUUAUCUGAACCAGUUACAGACAACACUAAAAUAAAUGUGCAAAAAGACAUAUGUGGUGACGGGUUCUCCCAGCCAGCUCUUCAAUGCAUUUGAUAUCCUCCCAGCUCCCAAACAUUCCCUGUACUCCUAGCAGGAACAAAAUUAUUAUUCCCUCCUGAAACGUCUAUCUCAAUGGAGAAAACAAGCUUGAAAUCCUGGACACUUUGUCUUCACUGUCCCCUUCUCAAUCAGGCACUAGAAGAUCCGCCCAGGUUCAAAGCUUCAAGGAAAUCAAAUCGCCUCCUACAUCUACUGCUGUCGUGAGGCUGCUGAUCUCCCCUCCCCAGUGAAAUCCGGUCCCGCAGGACUUUUUGUGUUGAUCAAAACCAGCAUGAGAUUAUCAGAGCAUGAAACCCUUUUUAAGGUCAUGUCUGAGACCAUGUGCAGAAACAUGUGGUGCAGUUACAUGUAACCUGCGGAGAAACAGAAGACUCCAAACCGUAAGACUCUUUACCUUGCAGAAGCACAAAUAUCUGUCACUUAAAACUUGGACAUAAUCAUUAAAAAAGAGUUUUAAACUAAACCACAGACACAUGGCCAGAGCAAAUGUGUCACUAUGGUUUGUAUUAUAUUUAUCAUACCCUGUGUUUCGAAAACAGAUCCUGCCAAAAUAAGUGUGUCUUAAGUUCCUGUCUUAUUUAUUAUUUAACUGGGUCUAAUUUAUUUUCUUUCCAUUUUACAGAAAAUGUGGAAUGUGCUAAAUAACCUGCUUGUUUCCCAAUCAACUUUAAAGUGUCUAGUUGGAGUUUUAGCUUUGUGGGGAAAUGCAUGUAGGUUUUUGCAGUGCUGUUGCUCCAUGAUUAUUUAUUAGACAUUAUUUAUUUAAUUUAUUCUCCCUCUGCUGCUUCUGUGCCCAUCUUCUGGUUAUUAAACCAAGUAUUUAACCAAGGAAUUGCAUAUUUAAUGUUGCCCUUUUUCGUUUCUUCAAAGAUCUUUGUAGGACCUUGCCCAUCAGUUCCUGAUUCUGUCCCUAAACACUUCUAUACGAGCAAUAACUUUUAAAGGCUAUGCAAUGCAAUUAUUUUUCUUUUCUUUUCUUUUCUUUUCAAGAAAAGCCAGGCAACUAUUUUUGGAAUCCCACUCUACAGCUGUUGGCCUAGAGAGCCCUUUAUGGGGAAGCCUCACUAUUUUGCAGAGGAAAUUUGUAUAGAGUUUGGAAUUUUGUAAUGUCUCGAACUCCAAAGGAACCUGUUUGUACAGCCCCUCGGAUUAUUAUUGGUUCAUUUUGUUUUGUACUAAGAGCAAACAUUCUAUCCUUUUGUAAAGAAAGCAAAAUCGGCUUGGUGGCUCAAAUAAAGCUGUGGCUCUUGUUUUAAA